CUGGUGGAAAAGAUGCGAGGAUUACUUUGUGGUCUUUGUACAAUGACAAAUAGACCGCAGUGAGCACUCACGCAAGGCCUUGAACAAGGAAUGGCUGUGGAAAUGAAUUUGAGAGAGGUGCAUAAGUAGUGAGCAAGAAUGGCUGGUUGGGAAAAUCUUAAGCGUAGCUUCAACCUGCUGUUAAUCUUCUCUCUUGCUUCAGUUGGUUUGCUAUUUGCCCUUCUCGAAAUAUCGCCGCGCCGAGAUAUCGUCAAAAACCGUCACCUAUUCAGCCAUCUGACAACAACUCAGGCUCUUGUAGCGAGGGACAGAGAUUCCUACAAUGCUUCAACGAAGACGUCGAUGCCGCCUCAGUCAAGAAAGCGACAUGUUUUGUUAAUUGUUGCUCAUGGCAGAUCCGGUUCAACAUUUCUUGCAGACAUUUUCAAUAAACAUCCACGAGUGUUUUAUGUCUUUGAACCACUCCACGAUUUUCAAAAACACAACAGGGAUAGACCGGAUUAUGACGAGUUUGCGAUGAAAUUUCUGUAUCAUGUUGUCCAGUGUGACUUUAGUGUGGGAAAUUCAACGCGGGAUAUCGGUCGUUUUUAUCGUUUUAAAAGCCGAGUGUUGAGCUCGCCACCAUUUUGCAAAUAUAAACAAGAAGACCUUAGAUGGAAACAGGAACAUUGUGGGACUGUUCAACGACAAGACCUCGAACGUGCAUGCAGAGAACAUGAUACAACUGUUUAUAAGCUUCUUAUGGAAAGAAUUCCCGGUCAAUCGAUUGGGAAACUUUUUGAAGUGUGUGAGAUAGCAGGAGUUGAAUGCAAAGUUAUUCAUUUGGUACGUGAUAUUAGACCACUUGUAAUGUCUUCUCAGAAAGUGCGCUUUUUCAAGGAAGUGGACAGCAACAUAAGGUCAUCGAUGAGGCAGUUUGUUUAUUCUCGUUGUGAAAUGACUGAGAGGAAUCUUAACCUGAUGAAGGAGUUUCGUUCAUCUCUUCGUAGUCGUGUAACACUGGUGCGGUUUGAAGACUUAGCCGUUGAACCACUGAAGGUUUUAGACUAUUUGUACGAAUUUGCUGGACUCGAGGUACUGGAGAACAUCACAAAUUGGGUGGUAAAGAUAACUCAGCCUAGCUUGAAAGAUUUAAAGGCGGAAGGACGAAGAGCAGUGUCUGUGAUCAGAAACUCUUUAGAAGUUCUGAAUAAGUGGCGACUCGCAGGUGAUUUCUGUUAUGUUCACGUGGUUGAGCGAUAUUGUCGUGACGUCAUGAAAUUAAUGGGUUACAUAGCAACAGAAGGAUCAGUGGAAAUGCUUCGAAAUCUUGAAAUUCCACUCAUUAACGAAACUUACCAAGCUCAAUACCGGGACAGGAGCUGACAGUUCUUAUGAUGUCUGCUCGUCAACCCACAUGUUGGUUACAGUUAUUGUUCGCUAUUUUUUUAAUUAAUAAUACACAAGAAAAAAUUACUCGAUUCUGAUUGGCCAAGAGCAGUGCAGUUCAA